UUUAUUCACAACUGUAUCACGAUAAGCCUAAUAAAACUGAUUACAGAAUGUACAUAUGCAAUUAUAUGCAAUGCGGUUACAAUGCAUCUGUCUAUAUAUUCUUGUUUUCUAAAUUUUUAUUUUCAAAGUCAAACUCCUUUGGCUUUUUAAAAGUGUUUAUCAUAAUAAUUUAACUGUAACGCACAUAUAAGAACCUGCUUGAUCUUGCUUGGCUAAACAGGCUGUUAUUAUUUUUUGUUAUUAAGAUGGUAAAUUUCUACCAGCAAUUUGUUAAACCACUAAGUUCUUAUAAUUACACGCGGGUUUUUACUGUAAUGAGAACUACUUGUAUUAAAUUGAGAACUAGAGGAAAUGUUUGGAGAGCUACGUGGAUUCAGUUAUUCUAUCUUAGCAAUUUGGAAUUUCAAGAGGCUAGAUAAUACGACGUUAAGCUGGUUUCAAUUGUAGGUGGCCUUCUAAUUUGCGUUAACAUUCUUUCUUUUUUGUAUUCUUGAACGUCUAGCUCAUGGAGAGGCCAGUGUUGGAAGUGGUACCGUUAGACCUGGUGUUGCUGCAGGGCCUUCAGAUUUAAACGUGAAGCAGACUCACAAUGACCAAGGUAUAGAACUCUACUAAGGGUAUAAUGAAACUCUGUUAAGAUCGUUCGAAACUUUUUUGCUAAAAUAUAGUUGAUAGAGGCGAAUGGUUAUGAAAGCUGCCUAAAAUCAACGGUGUUGCAGUUUAUGUUGAGAGCUCCCUUACCAUGCACAAUCGUUUGAUUUUGGUUCGUUUCUUCUUGUUGAUUCAAUCAACAUGGUAGGAAUACUAAUAAACGUUGUGCACAGUCAAGUCAAAGAAAGCUGACAAAAAUAGUUUUAGCGGGGCUCCCACCAAUAUGGUCAACCUCUUUUCGUUUGGUUGUCACGUGAUUAACCGAGCGUACGUACGUACGUACUCGUCUACCGAUUGUACGGGUACGGUAGGGGAGACAAUCAAAAGGAAGGGAGGGGUUUCUCAGGGGUGUCUUUGUAAAUAUCCACAUCUUUUACAUUGGACAUUUACAAUAUGGUCCAGGGGAUAGUCAAUUGACAGCUGUCAAAACAGGAUAGCCACUGACCAGUAUCACAUGACCAUAUCGCGGGCUCAUAUGUCAACUCAUCGAGGUGACGUGAUUUAUUUGGAAUCUGUCCUCUGACCAGUUAAUGGUUUUACUAGAUCGCGAUCAAUGUUCAAUCUCAUACUUUCCAGCCAUUUUGGGAGCGCAGAAAAACUGAUAAUGCACACAUAUUGGAUGUCAAUGUUGUGAUGUGACAGCUGUCAAAACAGGGUAUCUGCUGACCAGUAUCACUUGACCGUAUCGCGGGCUCAGGAUGUACAAAAUGAAAUUCAGCUACUAUCAGGAGUAUUCUGUUAUUCAUGGCUUGUUUGUUUAUUGGGUUUUUGGUUGAGUAAAAGUCGGAAAUACGAUUUCGGAUGGCAUUGUUUUCAUUUUUCACCGUGCUUGAUGCGUAAGAGGGUUGAAAAGUCUGAAGCGAUACUGGCUUUACUUGAUACCUUUCAGGAACUGCAUCUCGAAUAGUAAGCCUGAGUAAUUAUUGUAUUUGAUGUUUGUUUUUAAUGAAGUCGGGCGUAGUUUAUGCGGCUAUUUAGUUUAUGCUCGUUUGUAAGAUUUGAGACAAUGAUCUGGCCGAGUAUCAAGUUUGAUAUAAGCUUACCGAACUUUAAAAAGCCUUUCGACAAUUUCUCACCGCAAAUAGAAAGAAAACGUUCCAAAGAAUAUUUAGUUAUAAUUCUGGCUGUAAAAGAAAGCUUUGAGCGAUUUUCAUGCCUCGAGUUCAUCUUUGAAAAAAGCAAACACCGGGAAGCCGACUUAAAACACAAACUUAAGCUUUAAGCUUGAAGACUCAGGAUUUUUAGAGACACUUUAAUACUUGUCUUCGUGAAUGAAAAUUGUUGUCUCUGUAUAUGUUUCACCGAAUAAUGUUUCUUUUGUUGAUUGUUAGUAGUCUCUCUUGUAGUUUUAAUCGCUGUGCGGUUUGUUUUCAGUCCUUCAGUGAACAUUGCUUGCAGGAGGACUCAAAAUGCCGCGCGAAUCAAACGCUUUUGAAGAUUACCCAUCGAUAAAACCAUUAAAUAAAGAAUAAACAUAAUAAAAGCUUUGUUAUGUUGGAACGUAACUCAAAAAACUCUCGUUAUUCAAACACUCGACCACAUCUCGCACUGCAAAAAUGAGAACCGGCUGGCCGUAUAGGUGAUUUUGGAAAUUUUUUUAACGGUUUAGCUAAAAGCCCACGCAUGCUUCAAUCGUCCUGAAUAUUGAAUGGGUGCAAUUUGUAUUGCAAAACUGUGAAAUACUGCAUUCUGUCCGAGGUCUGUAUGAUCAAAACAGUGCCUCACAGUACUGUUUCACCUCAGAUGUGAUGUAUAAAUGGUAUAAAGGGUUCGUUUACACGCACCCAGAUUUUGUGAACUAAACUGACUUGUCGAACGCAAAAAGGUCGGCCUGUUUUUUUUUCCAGACCUAAUUAGUCUACGGUGAUCAAGAGCUAUUAUGGCUUUUAAAUGUGAUCGAAGAUGAUUGCCAGUUUUUAGGUGUACAUAUGAGGCUAUCAACUCGAUGUAAGAUUUGGUUUAAUCUUGGGCUGUUUGCAAAUUAUUUUUCUCUAAGAUCACUUAGCCUUUCCCUCAAAAGUCACAUGAAUGUGCUCUAAAGUUAACUGAAUUGUGAAAUACAAGUUUUUCAAGUUUUUGCGUUGGAUAAGUCUUUUAUUCAAGAGUCUGCGAUACAGCCAUAUCAAUCCCUCAGUUAAGUGUUGGGUAGAUUAAAGCCUGCUUUCAACCAAGUGGCCCAUCCGGCUGCAGGGGUUGCAAUAAAAAUUGAAGUAGCCAGCAGGUUUGAAUAGAGCAACCGACUAAUACAUUUCCUUGAAACAAUAAAUAUGAACAAAAGCACACGGCACAUCAUGCAAAAUGUAGCAACUAUAAUAAAGUCACUUAUUAUUCAUUCAAUAAUUGCUAAUUACAAACAUUUAUCGAAAAUUAUAAUAAGUUUCCUUUUAGUUUUGCAACCGUUUUUGCUCUUUAAACCAUGUGCGUUUUAUCGGCAAACUAUCGAAGAAACGUGCGAAAAAUUGGCUGAAAAUACAGCAUCUACACAACUAAAGCAUUACAGAAAACCAGUGGGCCUUUAUGAAAACACUUCACAAUUACGUUUUCAUCCAGAUUUAUUGGUGUAUUUUUUGGUUACUACAUUAUUAAAACUAGUUGCUUCUUCAUUGUUCUUUCUUUAUUCAAAAAUACUAUGCUUACACAGAGCCGUCAAUAACAGCAGAUUCAAUGUUCAAAAUCUCGACCUUAAAUUGUUGGAAAAUUAAAAUCAAUCAAGAGAUUCUCGAAGAAAUCUAUGCUUCCAAUUCAGUGACAGAAUUUAGUUUCUGCAUUUAAGGGCACUCAUCUUUCAAGUUAUGUAAUUUACAUGUUCCGAAAGAAGAAGAAACUUGUUUUAAUAAUGUCGUAAACAAAAAAGUUUGCGACUCGAGCAGACGGCUGAAAUUCUGGCUAUUUUUGUUCUUGAAUGUCCAGGUCAUGGGAAGGAAAAUAGUGCAAGUGGUCCCGUUAGUUUAGUAGAGGAGACAGGUUCUGAAAGCCUGCAAAAAUCAAAGAUGGAAACAAUGGGGUGCAGGUUCUGUUGAGGGCUCGCUGAGCGUGAACAAUGUUUUGUCUUGGUUCACAAAUUAUGACUGAAUAAAUUUAUAGGACGUUGCUAUUGGUCCGUUAGUUCACAAUGAAAGGUGCACGGUCAAGUCCAAAAAAGCGAACAAAAACAUGACAAUGAAGUUGGCCGGGCUUCAUAACACCGCACUUCAUUAACCCCGCCUGGUUAGCUCAAUUGGUUAAGCGCAGGUCUGCCGAGCUGGAGGCCGCUGGUUCAAGCCCCGGCCGGACCAACACUCAGGGUGUUAUAAAUAUCUGAGGAGAAAGUGCUGCCUUUGUAAAGACAUCUGCAAACGGUUAGACUUUCUAGUCUUCUCGGAUAUGAACGAUAAACCCUAGACCCCGUCUAACUAACAAGGGUGUACUAUCCAGUUUUUUUAAAACUUGGUCCAAUUGACUGUCAGUACAUUGAAAAUCUGCAAUAAAUGGAUGGGGUCACCUUGCUUGAUUUCGCCCCGCAAGCCCGUUAUUCUAAGUGUUUUUGCCAAGUUGCGCACGGAAUGUUCGAAGCUGGAACAACCGUCAAAAAUCAUUCUCGUACAAAAAAAACCUAUGAAAUAUACUAAAACCGAAAGUCCGUUUGUUGAUCUGGGCUGUAAUUUUCCAGUAUAGUGACUUUAAAUUGUUCGAUCUUGGAAGUAGUUUAAAACGUGGACCGUUUAUACUGUGUCUCCAAAUGCGGCAUUUUACGUCAUUCUUAUAAAAAAAAUAAAACUUCUACUAACCAGAUUUUUUUUUUCUCCUUUAAAUAUAUUUUUGUUCUAGCCAUAACCAGUAAAACCAGUAAAAAAAAGGGGGAUCACCGUUCCUCUUUCCUUGCAGAGACAACAAAAGGGGCAAUUCCGGCUUCAAAUGGGCAUUUUAAGCGCGGGGACUGGGGCGAGGUUUAAGCCCAACACCAUUUUAGCCGGGGAGGGUUGUUAGAAUCACAAUUAAAACGACUAAAACUAAAAAGACGGUCGUUACGUCUUUUCAGGUGACUGGUGAAAAUCACCACCAGCUUUGACGUCGUCAUGUUAUGCGCGGUAGGUGAUGCGCAGUGCAAAACAAGGGAAUUACCCUAAGUUUUAGUGACACUCGUUGCCGUCGCCAUCGUUUUGAUUAAGCUGAUCUCUAUUAACAGACUGUGCUUGUAAUAGAGUGAUUUUCGCUGGAGAUUGAAAAUUGCUUUAUCAGCGAAUACAUGAAAAGAAUUAUAACCGUGAUGGUCGUUUCGCUGCCUUUAGAUUGAGUCGUCACAAAGCAAUUAAGACUUAAUGUAAAGGGAAUAAUUUCAAUGUUUUGCUUUAAAAGAGUGCAACUUGUUUUUCUCAAGGGGGAAAAGUCAGUGGAAACUCGGAAGAACUCGAAGCAUCUGUAGGACCCUCGAAUUAGUAGUUAUAUGCCAUGCAGUCCACAGAGGUGGCUUACUUACAGGUGCCUGUUUGAAGCGGAUUGAAUUUUGAGACAAUAUAAGGGCUCUUGCCAGUAUUAAAGGAAACUGUCCAUAAAACAACGAGAUGUCCGUAUUAAGGUGGUGUCUUUAAAGUGGGGGUUCGACUUAAACACGAUAUAUCUUUUAUUUUCAGGUGGUUUUUACCCAACUGGAUCUGUUGAUGGCAUUCGCCAACUCUACAGCACCCGUGAAAGAUGGUUUGCACCCUUUCCAUGGUGGGAAAAGUUUCGAUUAAGCCUUGAUAACAAUUUUACUAGACUCAAAAUAGUGAGCAGGAAGAAAGCAAGGGGUACAAAGACCGAUCAAACUGUUACUAUGAAAGAUAUCUUCAAACCCCACGAAGAAUGCGCUCGUCCUAGGACGGUCUUAAUUGAAGGGAGGCCAGGUAUAGGAAAGACCACAUUCUGUAAUAAACUUUCUUACGAUUGGGCAGCGAACAAAAAAGUGGCAGAAAAUCCUUCAGGAAGUUUUUUUCCAAACUUCCAAGCUGUUUUACUGCUUAAAUGCCGAGAAAUAGAGUCCUGCCUUUCGGAGGCCACCGAAGGACAACCUCUCCCUCGAUCUGAAAAAGAUAAACUGAACGAAAUCUUGAAGUGUGCCCUUUGGGACGCCAUUGAUGACCAGCUUCUGCCUCGAGAUUGCACAGAAGAAGAUAAGGAAGAAUUCUUCAAAUUCAUUCGCUGUAAUCAGCCCGAUAUUUUACUGGUACUUGACGGAUUGGAUGAGUUGCCUGCCAAUAUGUUUGCAGCGUUUAAGGAAGUCAUUCAAGGAAGAGUGCUACCAAAGUGUUACAUUGUAGCUACAGCACGACAAGAGGUUGGGAUGGAGGUGCGAGAGUGCUGCGAUACCUUGCUAGAAAUUGAAGGUUUCACUAAAGAAGACGCCCGAGAGUUUAUUUUCAGGUAUUUCGACGAGGAACCGCAGUUGGCCCAGAGGCUUUUAAACAAACUGGAGUCUGACAAAAACCUCCAACAGUUGACAGAAAGUCCUUUAAACACUGUACUUCUUUGUCUUCUCUGUGAGGACUCUGAUGGUAUUUUUGCAGAAAGUGGUACACAGCUUUACCUAGAAAUGGUAGAGUGUGUUCUUAGAAGAUAUAGGAAAAAGAAAGGAUUACCAUUACCAAAUACCAACGACGAAGACCUCACUAAAGUAUACAAGACUCAACUAAGACAGCUUGGCUCCAUCGCGUGGAACGGUCUGCUUCAUAAUAACAUGUCGCUCGAAGAAGGCGAGUUUAAAAAUUGCUCAGAAGAAUUACCUGAAUUCGGCUUCUUGUCCGUUGAGUGUAGCCCUAAAAAAGUGAGACCAUCUCUGAACUAUUCCUUUUUACACAAAACAUUUCAGGAAUUGUUUGCGGCAUUUUACCUCUGUUGCCUGGUUCUAGAUAACGAAAUUUGUCCAGAAACCUUAAUUGCCGACGACAGAUAUUUUAAAGAGCUUAAACAGGUGCUUUUGUUCACAUGCGGCAUGCUAGCUUCGCAAUCGGAAGAAGCGAUAAAGGCUUUCGUCUCCUGUAUUGCUAAGAAGGUAAAGGAUAACCGUAUGUUCUCAGUUGCAUUGGAAUGCAUUAACGAAUGUAAAAACGAAAAGAGUUGUACCCUUCAUCUGCUCUUAGCUCGUACUCUUGGCUCGCUUCUUCAAAUAACACACUUGGAUUUGGCAUGGAAUGGACUUGUUACUGGUGACUGUACUGCACUGGCGGAAGCAAUCAAACACAAUUCAACAAUAACACAGUUGAAUUUGACAGACAAUGAACUUGGUACUGGUGACUGUACUGCACUGGCGGAAGCAAUCAAACACAAUUCAACAAUAACACAGUUGGAUUUGAGAGGGAAUGGACUUGGUACUGGUGACUGUACUGCACUGGCGGAAGCAAUCAAACACAAUUCAACAAUAACACAGUUGGAUUUAGCAGGGAAUGGACUUGGUACUGGUGACUGUACUGCACUGGCGGAAGCAAUCAAACACAAUUCAACAAUAACACAGUUGGAUUUGUCAGACAAUGAACUUGGUACUGGUGACUGUACUGCACUGGCGGAAGCAAUCAAACACAAUUCAACAAUAACACAGUUGAAUUUGCCAGCUAAUGACCUUGGUACUGGUUACUGUACUGCACUGGCGGAAGCAAUCAAACAGAAUUCAACAAUAACACAGUUGGAUUUGAGAUACAAUAAACUUGGUACUGGUGACUGUACUGCACUGGCGGAAGCAAUCAAACACAAUUCAACAAUAACACAGUUGAAUUUGGAAGGAAAUAAACUUGGUACUGGUGAAUGUACUGCACUGGCGGAAGCAAUCAAACACAAUUCAACAAUAACACAGUUGAAUUUGGCAGCCAAUGAACUUGGUACUGGUGACUGUACUGCAGUGGCGGAAGCAAUCAAACACAAUUCAACCAUAACACAGUUGCAUUUGUCUUUGAAUAGACUUGGUACUGGUGACUGUACUGCAGUGGCGGAAGCAAUCAAACACAAUUCAACAAUAACACAGUUGCAUUUGUCUUUGAAUAGACUUGGUACUGGUGACUGUACUGCACUGGCGGAAGCAAUCAAACACAAUUCAACAAUAACACAGUUGGAUUUGUCAAAGAACGAUCUUGGUACUGGUGACUGUACUGCACUGGCGGAAGCAAUCAAACACAAUUCAACAAUAACACAGUUGGAUUUGAGAGGGAAUGAACUUGGUACUGGUGACUGUACUGCACUGGCGGAAGCAAUCAAACACAAUUCAACAAUAACACAGUUGGAUUUGAGAUACAAUAAACUUGGUACUGGUGACUGUACUGCACUGGCCGAAGCAAUCAAACACAAUUCAACAAUAACACAGUUGAAUUUGGAAGGAAAUAAACUUGGUACUGGUGAAUGUACUGCACUGGCGGAAGCAAUCAAACACAAUUCAACAAUAACACAGUUGAAUUUGGCAGCCAAUGAACUUGGUACUGGUGACUGUACUGCAGUGGCGGAAGCAAUCAAACACAAUUCAACAAUAACACAGUUGAAUUUGGGAAGGAAUGAACUUGGUACUGGUGACUGUACUGCACUGGCGGAAGCAAUCAAACACAAUUCAACAAUAACACAGUUGAAGUUGUGGAGCAAUGAACUUGGUACUGGUGACUGUACUGCACUGGCGGAAGCAAUCAAACACAAUUCAACAAUAACACAGUUGGAUUUGUCACGCAAUAGACUUGGUACUGGUGACUGUACUGUACUGGCGGAAGCAAUCAAACACAAUGCAACAAUAACACAGUUGGAUUUGUGGGGGAAUCAACUUGGUACUGGUGACUGUACUGCACUGGCGGAAGCAAUCAAACACAAUUCAACAAUAACACAGUUGGAUUUGUGGGGGAAUCAACUUGGUACUGGUGACUGUACUGCACUGGCGGAAGCAAUCAAACACAAUUCAACAAUAACACAGUUGAAUUUGUCACGCAAU